AUGUUCAUACAGUCAAGAAUAAGUUAUAUUCAUGAUGGUAUAGCUGCUGUAAACUUAAAAAUUCAAGCCAGAAGAUAUUUUCAUAGUUAUAAUUUUUGGUUGGAUAUUGGUAGCAUAUUUCCAUUUGAUGCUCUAUUAAUUUAUCGCGGUGAUAUAUCGUUGGUGCGCCUUAAUCGUUUGCUGAAAUCGUAUCGUUUCAAUUAUUUUAUUGAUCGUACUGAAAUCCGCACAAAUUGGCCAAACGCAUUCAAAAUAUUCGUCCUCAUAAUGACAUGUGUUGUGCUGUUUCACUGGAAUGCUGCUGCAUAUUUCUUAAUCAGUGUUACAAGUGGUAUUUACAGUGAAGAUCCUGAUGCAUGGCAGUUCACUUAUACGAAAAUCGCGGAUCCAGUGAUCCCGAAAUGUAAUACAUUUUUACAAAUAAGUGAUUCGACAAGUUGCAGUUUUAAUGAGACAGAUAGAAAUGUGAACAAUCGCCUUGAAUAUAUUGACGAAAUGAUGCAGUACUGGAGAAAUAGGUCAAAAGUACUGAAAUUUCCAAACUUCAGUAAAGAAUAUGCAUUGUCAAUUUAUUGGUCAUCACUAACAUUGACAACGAAAGGACAACAGCCUUAUCCAAUGAGUUCACUCGAAGAUGCUCUUGAAGUUAUCGACACGCUAAUCGGUUUGUUAAUUUUUGCCGUAAUUGUUGGAUCUGUCGGCAGUAUCAUAUCAACAAUGAACAAAGAAAAGUCCGAAUUUCAGGAGAUUCUGGAUGGCAUUAAAUUUUACAUGAAUUAUAGGAAGGUGGACUCAGAUAUUCAGAAACGGGUUCUGAACUGUUGCGACUACAUCCAUGAUCAAGGAAUCUCCAAAGAUGAAACUGCACUUCUAGACGGAUUACCUAGAAAGUUGCAUGGUCAAUUGGCAAUACAUUUACAUAUGGUUACGUUACAACACGUAGAAUUACUUCAGGACUGUGAACAAGGAUUACUCUACGACCUAAUUCUUCGAUUGAAAUUUCAGCUUUUCGGUCCAAAUGACUAUAUUUGUCGUCGCGGUGAACUGGCUCGAGAAAUGUAUAUUGUGAAGCGUGGACAACUUAAUUGUGUUAGUGACGAUGGCAAAGUUAUUCUUGGAAUCCUAAAGGAAGGUGCAGUUUUUGGUCAGUUGGCCAUUCUUAAUUUAUCUGGAAAAUGUGGUGGUAAAAAGCAUACGAUGGCAAUUCGUUCAGUUGGAUACACUGAUGUUUACAUUCUACGCCAGGAAGAUGUAAACGAUGUUUUGCAAGAAUAUCCUCUAGCACGACGAAAUUUAACACAGAAAGCGAUAAAGAUGCUUCGAGACGAUGGCUUUUGGAAUAACACAAUAAUUAAUGCACAAAAAGUUUAUGGUAGCACUUCAAUAUUGGAAGAACAGCUUGACGGAAUUGCAGGGACAAUUAACGCACUUAGUGACGAAAUCACUCGAUUAUAUGAGCUUCUUGAUAAUAUGUCAUUGGAUUUCAAGCAGCGACUCACUAGACUUGAAAGCGCGUAUAAAACAAAAUGUGAAAGACAAAAAAUGAGAAGGCAGUUUGUCAUAAAGUAUAAGCACUAA